AUGGGUGGUAACAGGCGCGUGAAGGCGCGAGAAGAUAACGCGCGCGUAGGCGCGAUAUACUCAGAUAAGGGAGAAGGGAAGGAAACUUUCUGUAUCGAGGACAUAGGACGGACGGACGGACAAGGGUACCAAGGCCUAAGGGGAGGCGCACGAGUGCGCGCGAAAGGCGCGAACAACUGGUGCAUUAGUGAUGCUUUGUCGGGUGUGCUUGACUCCCCGCUCAGCUCAUCAUAUUUCCUUGCCAUGCGCAUCCGUGAUAGAGUUAUAUACUCGAGCCAUAAGCCUUCUAAAACUAUCAUACUCCAUAUCAUUGAAUCAUGCUUGAAGCCAGACGUUGCUGUUGAAGACAUGACCUAUCUGACAGUGGACAUCGAUACACUGUCUCUACCAUCAGCAGUCGGCGGUUGCUGUAGUAUGCCCACGAUGGCAGUGUUCAUUGCCAUGCUUUUCAGCUUGCCAUUUGGUGCCAAUGUGGGCGCGCGGUUCAUCGACUUCAAGUAGUAGUACAACAAGAAAUGGGGUUUGUCUACAUAAACCUCAUCCUAAAUAUACUUUGAAACACCAUAAGUAGAAUAAAUAUUACAAUGGAUCCUCGACCAAAUGUCUCGAACACUCAGCAACCAUUUCCUACACAGUACUGCUAGUUGGUACAUGUGCGCACUCCUGGAAGACGAUCAAAUUCAUGCUAGUUUCUGUGUCGGAUUCGGCCACGAGUUUAGCGUGAUAUUGUUGAACGCUAAGGAUGAGGCGUGGUCCCAG